ACAUGAAUAUUAGCAAUAGAAAGAGGGAGAGAAGAUGGACGGAAAGAAAAGUGAGAUAGUGCAGCUUUUUAGCUCAUGGUCUAGCCCUUAUUGCACAAGAGUUGAGUUAGCCCUUAAACUGAAACGUAUACCUUAUGAGUGUAUAGAGGAAGAUUUAGCCAACAAAAGUGAGUUGCUCCUUGCCUUGAAUCCUGUCCAUAAGAAGGUACCUGUGCUCGUCCAUAACGGCAAGCCCAUAGCAGAGUCCCUGGUCAUCCUUGAAUAUAUUGACUAGUAUUGGAACACAACUCCUAAAAUAUUGCCUGAGGAUCCUUAUGAAAGGGUCAAAGUUCGCUUCUGGACCAACUAUUAUGAUGAAAAGAUUGUGAAAAGUGGAACUUCCAUCGUGAAGUUCAAAGGCAAAGAACAAGAAAAAGCAAUUCAGGACUUAGAAGAGUCACUCAAGGUGUUUGAAGAUGGAAUUAAGAGAGAUUUUCCAGGAAAAUUCUCAAGCUUCAAUGGCGAGACCUUGGGACUUCUUGAAAUUGCUGUAGGAUCAAAUGCUUGCAACUAUGAAGCAUUUAGUGAGGUAUUUGAAGAGAUUGGAAAGCCAGAAAGAUACCCAGAGUUCUUCUCAUGGGUAAAAGCUUUAAAGGAGUACCCUUUGUUUAAGGAGACUCUCCCACCUCAUGAAAAAUUGGUUGACAAGUUGAAGGCAGUCCUUGCCUUUUUGCAGACUCCUGAAGGUAGCUGGAUCUUGAAGAAAUAUUAGUAAGGAGCUAUGUACUAUGUAUUAAUAAUGUUUCAAUUUUAGGUCAUAAUUAAAGAGGAAACAAUAAAAUUAUUAUCAUGUGUUUGUAAGGAAAUAAUUGAAAUAGUGUAUAGAGAUCGUGUGGUAGCCCUGAUGGUUAAAUGCACCAACAUCCCAGUCUAUAAGCUGGAUUCGAAUCUCAUCAGUAAAAAAAAAAAAAA